AUGUCAAUUCCGCACAGGCCUGUCGCCGAAGUGAUGGCCCCCCACAAGGAGACCAGCAAUAGGCCCGACCAGUGGAGGAUCGCCCAGGGCAUGGCUGGCGCCCUUUUGCCCGCACUGGAUAUGACCGGCCCCGAAACAAAAGAGAUUCAACCCCAGCAGUUUGGUCCCCUUACCAAAGACGAGGAAGCCAUCAACUCUGUCGGCGAUCGAGCCAAAUUGUUUGCUCGGGAGCGAAAGGGAUGGAAGGGUUUUGUGGAGUGGGAAAACUACCCUGACAAAAAGGCGGCUGCCCACAAGAUCCUCAGCUCGCAGACCUGGCCACCCAAUCCAGAGUACCAGUUUGCUGAGAUUCCGGGAACGAACCCGGUGCUCCCGGGCACCCGCUUCAAGCUUUGGCAUCACGCUCUGGGCGGCGAGCUGGAAGACGUGGUUGAUGAUUCGUGGAACUGCGUGCUCGAGGAGAAGCACGUCGACAUGCUCCACCUGUUGCAGUUCCCCUACAACGGGGAGCCGCCGAAGCGCUUGACGGCUGCUCAAGACAUCACGCCGAACCCUCUGCACUUUGUCCGCAACCACGGCGGCAUCCCCUACAUCGAAAAAGAGCAUUUCAGCUUUGACAUGGACGGUCUCGUGAAGAACCCCAAGACGUUUACGCUCGACGACAUCAUGGACGAGUCCCGGUUCCCGCGAAUGGAGAAGCACGUGACCAUGCAGUGCUCGGGCACGCGUCGCAUCGAGCAGAUCACCAAGUACGCUGGCCAGGGUGACGAGGUACCUCAGGCGCCAUGGGCAGAAGGAGCCAUAGGCACGGCCAAGUGGACGGGGAUCAGCCUCAAGGCGAUCAUCAAGGAGUGCGGCGGUCUGAUCGAUGGGGCCAAGCACCUCGAGUUCUACGGGGCCGACACCUACGUCAAGAGCGAAAAGGCAAUGAACUACGUCGUCAGCGUGCCGUGGUCCAAGGUCAAGGCCAACGAGGUGAUGCUGGCCUGGGCCAUGAACGACGAGCCGCUGCCCAAGAUUCACGGAUUCCCUCUCCGGACCGUCGUUCUUGGCUACAUCGGCGCGCGCAGCGUCAAGUGGCUGUAUCGAAUCAAGGCCAUCAAGAAUCCGAGUCGCGCGCCGGUGCAGACCCAGGAGUACCUCUAUUUCCCGCAGCAGGUGGGCAAGCACAACUUCAACCUGACUGACGGGAUCCAGAUACAGGAGAUGCCCGUCAGCUCUGCCAUCAUGUCCCCGUGGAUGAAGCAGGUGGUGAUCCACAACGGCAAGAUCCGCUGCAGUGGCUGGGCCUACUCGGGUGGCGGCCGGUGGCCCGAGCGGGUUGAGCUGUCGGCCGAUGGGGGCUUCAACUGGUACACGGUGCCGGUCGAGAACCUGUCCAAGAAGCGAAAGUGGACGUGGCGGACGUGGCACAUGGAACUUCCCUGCGACGUCGAGGGCUGGAUAGAGAUCGUGGUGCGGUGCUGGGACAACAGCCUGAACACGCAGCCUCCCGAAGUGCGCACAGCCUGGAACUGGGGCCUGCACGUCACAAGCUCGUGCCACCGCAUUUCCGUGUACAGCAUCAACAAGACCCGGCCCAAAACCCAGGCCCGCAUGGCAGAGCUCGAGAGCAAGGGAAUCCCCAUCGUGCCCAUUACUGUACCACUCGAAGUCCCGGCUCAGGGGUCAAACGAGUACGAGGAAUUUUGGCGGACGCACGAGCCGCGAGAUGCCGAGGAGUAG